AUGGAAGUCGUAAGGGUCGUGCUUGAAGACGUCGAGCUUCGAGAGGUGCUGGUUGUGGAUGAUGUCGUUGUCCAUGUGGUGGUUGACGAGGAAGUGCUGCUGGAGCUGCUGGAUGUACUCGAAGAUGAAGUUGACGUGGAAGUGCUGGAGGACGAUGAAGUGGAGCUGGUAGUCGUAGUUGACGUGGAGGUGGAUGUGCUAGUUGUGCUGGAGGCUGUAGAGCUUGUACUUGUAAACGAACUUGAGGACGAGCUGCUGGAUGAUGAUGUGGUAGAGCUGCUCGUUGUAGUCGUGGAAGUACUAGAUGUACUCGAUGUGCUUGUGGAUGAGCUUGAUGUAGAAGUUGUGCUUGUGGAGGUUGUGCUGCUGGAGCUGCUUGUCGUACUUGUGGAAGAAGUGGAUGUACUCGUAGUGCUGGUGGACGUUGUGCUGCUGGAUGAAGUAGAUGUGGAAGUUGUGCUUGUGGAGGUCGUGCUGCUGGAGCUGCUUGUCGUACUUGUGGAAGAAGUGGAUGUACUCGUAGUGCUGGUGGACGUUGUGCUGCUGGAUGAAGUAGAUGUGGAAGUUGUGCUUGUGGAGGUCGUGCUGCUGGAGCUGCUUGUCGUACUUGUGGAAGAAGUGGAUGUACUCGUAGUGCUGGUGGACGUUGUGCUGCUGGAUGAAGUAGAUGUGGAAGUUGUGCUUGUGGAGGUCGUGCUGCUGGAGCUGCUGCUCGUGCUCGUGGAGGAGGUAGAUGAACUCGAUGUGCUAGUGGAUGAGGUUGAUGUCGAAGUUGAGCUUGUGGAGGUGGUGCUGCUGGAGCUGCUGGUAGUACUUGUGGAUGAUGUGGAAGUUGUGCUUGUAGAAGAUGUGCUGCUGGAGCUGCUCGUUGUGCUCGUGGAAGAGGUGGAUGUGGUUGUUGUGCUGCUGGUCGAUGACGAUGUAGACGUUGUGCUUGAAGAGGUCGUGCUGCUGGAGCUGCUGGAUGUAGUCGUGGAUGAAGUUGCCGUGGAAGUGGUGGACGACGAUGAGGUGGAACUGCUCGUCGUGCUCGUGGAUGAUGUCGAUGUUGUUGUUGUGCUUGUCGAGCUGGACGUGCUCACAGUAGAAGUGCUACUGGAGCUGCUGGUCCUGCUCGUGGAAGAAAUGGUUGCACUCGUUGUGCUGGUGGAUGUGGUGCUAGUGGUUGAAGUUGAAGUGGCAGUUGUGCUUGUAGAAGAUGUGCUGCUGGAGCUGCUUGUUGUGCUCGUGGAAGAGGUGGAUGUCGUUGUUGUGCUGGUAGAAGACGUGCUGGUGGAUGAGGUUGACGAAGAAGUCGUGCUUGUGGAUGUUGUGCUUAUUGAGCUGCUGGAAGUGAGGGAGGUUGAUGUGGAUGUAGAACUGCUGGAUGUGUGUGACGAGCUCGUGGAUGAAGUCAAAGUCGCAGAUGUGCUUGACGAAGACGUGCUGGAAGUACUGCUCGAUGUUGCUGUUGUCGCGGUGCUGGAUGUCCUUGUAGAUGAUGUUGAUGUAGACGUCGCGCUUGUUGUGCUAGAUGAAGUCGCAGUCACGCUACUCGAGGUGGAUGUCGUGAAUGUCCUGGUGGAGGAGGUUGUGGUGGUGGGCGGAACGCCGAAAUCGAUUUCUGGUAAGUUGUCCCCCAUCUCGGCCGAGCUAGUGCCGAGAUGCCCAGUGUCUCCCAAGCCAUUCUUGCCAAAAUCACCUGCUCGGGAAGUCUUGGUUGUGAUUGUUAAAACGGUGACAAACUUCAGCGAUGAGUGUUUCUAA